AUGGAUCAUCGGUUCCCUAUCGCCAGAGACGAUUUCUUCAACAUCCAGAUGGAUUUGAAGCAAAUUCAACUGGUUCAGAAUAAUCAGGGCGAAAGACUGGCAAGGCUCGAACGACGCCAGGAUCAAGAUGCGAGCCUUAAAUCGGUGUGGCAGCAGCAUCCGUUUCCUGGCGUUCUAGCUGGAACUCCUCAGCAAGGUCCGACCCAUAUAUCCCCCAACGACAUGUUUGACGACUUCGACGAGCAGGGCCAGCAUCUGUUAAGCUCCCUUCACCUAGGGCCCACUGAGGAAGAGCCCACUCGCCGAGGUGCUGCCUCCCGAGCGAACAGUGUUCGAUUUGAUGAAAGCGCCCUGCGGGGAGCAGACUGGGCUAGUCAAAGCAACCGCCAUUCUGGCGAGUUUGCCCCUCCUCGACCAAGCAGCGGACUAAUGAUGGAGAGAUCUUUGUCACACAAAUCCGAUGGACGACAUAGCUCGGCAGGCCACUCGGUCCACUCAUUUCAUUCGGUUGCGUCCGGGCGAGCUAGCAGCUUGGGUUUGGAUACCAACUUCAUAGUCAGCAGCCACGAGGACGACUCCCCGCUGGACAUGCCGGAGCCACCACCAGGCCUUUUUAUCCUAGGAUCCGUUCCGACCAUUAUACGAUGCUGGCUGACGACUCAAUUUGCGCACAACACCAUACUGUACGCCGACCUCUGUACGGGUUCACAGAAAUCCGUUCUGGACUACUCCAUCGUUAGAGAUCUCGACCUAUUGGAGGAAGUCCAACGCGAUGUCGAUGGCACAUACAAAAUUCGGCUUCCGGUCUACCUCGUUGAAGCCACUGUCUCGGAGAGAAGUAGUCGGUCAUCGAGCCCGGGCCACCAAAUUCCUAGCAUUCAAACAACGUUUGAGAUAUCAGGAGUGGAUCACAUUGAAGGAGCGGAACCUAAGAGGGGCAUCCAGAUUUUCAUCGGCAGUGACACGCUCAGAGCUCAUCAAGCCGACAUUCUCCUGUCUCAGAACCGCAUGUGUCUGUAUGGUAGUGAGCGGGAGAAACUGUCAGUUCCAUUUGUGCGCCCCGAGGAUGACACUGUUUUCAAGCACAUCAGCACGACGAAUGUUGUCCCUGACAAGCCUCGGCUCAAUGCCAAUGCGGCACCGUUCGUAUCUGGUGAGCCACGGUCUCGAGCUGCUUCGACGAUGGAGGAUAUGGAAAACAGCGUAUCAAGCGUGCAGCCGGAAGACGCAGAGUCUCAGGGCCUGGUCUCCCCCCUGGAGGAUCACUCUAUACCCAACAAGUCGAUUGGAGCAAGCAACCUGUCUGAAAGUGGCGGGGAGAGUGAAAGACCAGGCAAAGAUACUGCAAGCGGAUCUGAGUCUGGAGCCAGAGAGGUCUCGGCUGUACAGAAUGGCUCGGCCAGCACGGAUAGCAAUCGCCGCGAGUCUGCAAGCGGCAUCUGGGGUUCCUGGCGGCAGGGCACGUCAACAAACGGUGCUGAGAAUGGACAGCGCGAUGUCAAUGGACCGCUGAGCGGCUAUCAGCCUGCCGGGCGCGGUGGCCGGAACAUGAAGGUGCUGAAGCCCCUGAAAUCGGGCUCAUCAUCUUCUGCGCGAACCGGAGCUGCUUAUGAGCUGCCACCUGCUCCCAGAACCAGUGGGGAGCAUCGACGGAAGAGCCAGGUUAGCGUUGCGGCAGACAAUGGCCCCUCGGGAACGGUCCGCUGGGAGGCGAAGAGGACGGUGAGCAGUGCAGGAGAGUCAAAGGCUCAGCGGGAGGCGAAGAAUGCGGCGGCGCCCUUGCCGCGGUCGGCGAAUCCAAUCGGAGGAGCGUCUGCAUUUUCCUGGAUGAACCCAGCAUCCAAGGUGAAGCCUACGGCGACUGCUGAAUAG